UUGCAUGGUAGGGAAGGUUUUUGAUUGUGUAUUCAUUUCGGUAAAUCGCCAAAUAAAUUUUAUAAAAAUAUAAAUUUAAAUGAUUAGAACAUCUUUAAUGGAAAACGAUGCAAUGCUACUUAACACUAGCAUGGAAGUAACUGGAUCUCAAAUAAACACUUCUAACUUUCAUCGCUCGCAGUCCUCUCUCUCAAAUGAAGGCGAUUUAUCAUUUUCAUCAUCAAUAGAUCAAGAACUGGAUGCACUUAUAUUAGGCGAUGAGCUACCCGCGUUUGAAAUUAGACUUGUUUCGCCCCUUGCACGUACACCUUCGCCAAUAGAUACCAAUGAAGUAGAUUUUCGAACACCAACUCGGCUCCCUCAGUUAGAUUGUGAUUCUACCGCCAGUGAAUGCUUAAAUUCGGAUUUUGUAACUCUUGAAGAAAUCAACUCGCUUAUAAGUCCCCCUGCUAAUGAUAAAGAAUGCACUGCGGACGUAAGACGUUGUAAUAGCCUCGAGACAAUAUUUGAAGGAGUGUUCUUAAACACACCGCCAAAAGCAGGUGUACGGUAUGUUAAUACAACGCGGGAAAAUCUUUUCGAAAAAUUAAUUAUUAAUCGGAUGUUUAGUACUAAGGAAAAUCAAGUUCCAAAUGUUGGUGCAGUUAAUGAAGUUAAAAAACUCUAAAUACUUCCACCCAAGUGAGGACAUUCCUUAAAACAAUAUAAAGUAGAUAAAAUUAUUGUUAUAAUGUUAGCAGAAGCUGUACAAAAUGAAGAUUUAAAAUAUAAUA